CUGGCACCACUCCCCUCUAGCCCUUGCUCUCGGAAGUAGUGAAGUUACGGGAGGUGCGGGGUGGAGCGCUCAGUGCCAAGCAUUGUUUACUUUUAUUUACAUACACAUCGAGUCUUCAUACAUAGCCCAGCCCCCAGCCCCACGCAGCUGCGCCAGCUGGUCCGGGAUACAGGCUGCCCUGCUCAGCAGCACAUGGAGGUACUAGAGCUGUGUGUGCGGGGUUAGCGGUCACUGCGGGAGAAUGUCUUCUCUUCAGGGCAUUGGUCUGGCAGCAGCUCUCCUGGCGGCCUCUGGAGGGUUGGCCUUUGCUUCAUGGAGCUACAUCUCUACUAGGAGACAAAGGAGAACAGCAGCCCCGGACAUCGCACCAGUGCACGAGCAGGGACACGGGAGAGAACAGCUAGGCUGUAUACCAGUCCCGGAUGGGGACAGUGGGGAAGACCCGGUCCCGGACAGUUCACCAGUGCAGCAGCAAUGGGACAGGAGAGAACACCUGGGCUGUAUACCAGUCCCGGAUGGGGACAAUGGGGAAGACCCGGACAUUGCAUCACUGCAGCAGGGGGACGAGGAAGAAGAAUUGGGCCACACACCUGUCCUGGAUGGAGAGAAGGGGGCAGGAGCACGCCCGGACGUUACACCGGUGCAGAAGGAGGACCAGAUCAAUAAGAGCGAAACAGGCUCUAUACCAGUACUGGAGGAAGACAAAACAGCAACCCCAGGUACCACACAUCUAUAUGAGGGGAAUAUGAGUGCAAACCAAGACUUCAGCCCAGUACAGAGAGAAGAAGAGAGAACAGGCCCCUCACCAUUACUAGAUAUGGGAGACAAGAGAGAAGCUUCGGACAGAACAUCUGUAGAGCCCCCUGUGGAAAAGGAAAUAACUGUCAUUAAUUCAUCUGCUGAAAUACAGCAUAAGGGAAAAACGUCACAAGUUUUGGUAUUAGGACUUGAUGGGUCUGGAAAGACUAGCGUGCUGAAUUCCAUCGCAGCCAACAGAGGGAAGCAAAUGACAACACCUACAGAAGGAGUUAAUGCAAUGUGUCUCAACAAUGGAAAUUCUAAAAUGGAGUUUUUGGAAAUUGGAGGCAGUGAACAGCUACGUCCCUAUUGGAAAAUGUACCUCUCCAGGGCAUUUGCAGUAAUUUUUGUAGUGGACUCUGCAGAUCACAGUCGCCUUCCACUGGCUAAAAGACAUCUUCAUCAGCUGAUUCAACAAGACUCUGUCCUUCCACUUAUAGUCCUCGCUAAUAAACAGGAUCUAGAAAAUGCAUACCACAUCCCUGAAAUCCACGAUGCCCUUGCACUGUCGGAGAUUUGUGAAAAUAGAAAGCUGUUUUUAAUUGGGACACAUGUGACAAAAGAUGGCCCUGAAAUUUCUUCUGGCAUUCAAGAUGCAAAGGAAUUCAUUUCACAGCUGCAGUCAGAAAAUUCUUCUACUAUAACAUAGUUCUAUUUGUCCUAAGCUACAGACUGUAUCAUCAUUUUAAUGAGGAAAUGGUCUAGCAUUAAAUGGCGCAGACUACUUUGCAUAAGCAAGCCGCUAUUCCUUCGUGCUAAUAGGUGGUCCGUUGGAAUGGAGACUUCAAAUAAUUGUUCUACACAGUAUAUUUUUAAAAGUCAUAGUAGUACAAUGUUUUUCAUGUUUGAUAACUGUUCUUGGGAAACGGUAAAUCUUUUAUACAAUAUACAUCUAACAGAACUUGAACUUGGUGGGGUUUGAAAUACAACUAAUAUGGUAGGACAACUUCAGCUAUUACCUGUUUAGCUCUGCUAUCAGCAAGUACAUUUUAUACAUAUGCCAUAGGGUGAAUUCAUACAUGACUGAAUUCACAAUACAUAUAUAUUAAUAUAUAAGUUCCAGUUCAGCUUGUCUGUUUCCUUGCACUUCAAUACAGAUACCCUAUUCCACUUACAAAUGUGUUUUGGUGGUGUCAUUCAGAUCUUCCCAGCAUAUCUAUAUGAUUUAUCAAAUGCUGGAGAGAGGUAAAGUACCAUUCACCUUCUGUCAUUUUACAGGCCGUGUUUGAAAAAUGACAGUAGGAGCAGAUUGCUUGGCACUUUUUCUCUCUCCAUUUUACUGUAUUUCUCUCCAAGCUUACGGUAGGUUUGACAUUUUGUUGCACUCCUGUAAUCGGGUACUUCUUUUUCUAUCCGCUGUCCAUACAAAUAUAAUAGAAUAUAUACAGUGAAAAUGGACAUGUAAUCUUCACAAUAAACAGCAAAAGUAUA